AGAAAGAAAAAAGAAAAAAGAAAAAGAAAAACCCAAAUGAAGGGAUUGAAGAAGAAGAAGCUACAAACACAACACAUGAUAUUGAAAGCACCAUUAGAAGAUCAAAAACAGAGGCAAAGAAAAAUAAAGCAAUCAACUUUUUUUGUUUUUCAUUUUUCCUUUUGGCUUUAUGAAAUUCAUACCUGUGAUUAAACUGUUGAAAAUCCAAACAAAUCUCUUUUCCUUUUGAUUUUUGCCUUCCAACCCAAGGAAAUAACUCCCACCUCAAAUUGCUCUUCCCACUUUCCAUUUAUAUACUUUGCCUGAUUUCGAUAUGAUCCUUCUUCUUUCUGCAUUGGGUUUCAAUCGGUCUGCCAUUGAUGGGCGGCCACAAGCUUUUAAACGAAAACCCAUGUUCUUGAGCUUCUAAAUCCUCAGACCCAUUUCCGACUUCCCAGAUUUAUGAUUCUUCAAUUUCUUUGAGUUUCUCAAAACCUUGCUGCCCCAGACGACAUGAAUUCAUCAAGUUUUCACGAUAAUGCUUCUGGGUCUUCGAAUUCUUUUGAUGGGUAUUCCAAACUUAAUUACGUUACCCCAUCGGGUCCUCGAUCGAAGUCUGGUCUUACGAGGCCGAGGAUGACGAAGGUGAGGAGACAAACGAGUUCUCAGGAUUUGAGGUCUGCGACGGUGCCGGAAACAUUUCGUCCGUUUGCCGGAUAUUCAUUUGCAGUCCCGUUUGGCCAGGAUUCUGUCUCCGGUAAAUCGGGUGGGAUUGGGAAUCAGCCAUUUGUAUUUGGAGAAAAUAGGAGCACCACCAGCUCGAAUUUAGAGAUGUCAGAGAGAGAAGUUUUUGAUGGAAUGAAGAAACUGAACAUCGAAAGUGUGGAUGAGGUUGGGAUUGCUAGAGAUGGGAAAUUCGUCUUUAAGGGAGGUAAUAGGAGGACGAGUAAAACCGAUGUUUUUGAUAAAGGAGGCAAAGAAGCCAUUGAAUCUAAGCUUCCGGAUGACAUGAGGAAAUUGAACAUUGAAGAAGGGCAAGGUAAUGCUGUACCAGUUGAGAAAACUAGAAAUGAAAGUUCGAGGUUGAGAUCAAAUGAACAGGCUAAAGUUGGUUUGUGGAACAGUAAUAUUGAUAAUCCUAUAGUUUCUGAACUCCCCAACAAGUUGGAGCAUUUGAACAUUGAAGAUAGUGGCCAUCGUGGUAUUGGUAGUGCUGCAUUUAAAGCUGAUGGUGUGGAUAUGUUUGGAUUGGACAAGGGUAAGGGUGUUACAAACUUUGCUAUUGGAAGCUCAGCAGAUUCUCUUCCUGAGAAGAUAAAAGGUUUGAACAUAAAGGACACAUCGAACUCAACAAAUAUCAACACCCACAAGGAAAAAUUUGUCUCUGAAAGAACUCAGACUAGUGGUAAUUUUGUUGAGCAAAAGGAUAUUUUCCUGUCAAGAAAGAUGGAGGAGAUGAAACUAGAUAAAAGGACACCUUCAUCUGGAGGAAUUACAGAGACGACAGAAAUGCAAAAUUUUAGUUAUUUAGAUCGAAAUCCUAAUCAACCAUUGGCUACAGACAUGAAAACUCAGAAGUUGCAAGAGUGUAAGAACAUGGGAGUUAAUCAGUUUCCCACGUAUGCACAAAAGGAUGGUAAUGAUCAAAAUAAUGUGGCUAUGCCUUCUUCAAUUUUUCAUAGUGAUAAACAAUUUAAUGCUGUUGGUAGUACAUUUCAAGCGACAGAUACAAAUAGAAACAAAGAAACAUAUUACUUUCGCUCUACAACUAAACAAGAAAAUCCUGGAUCAUCUUUUGUAGAAUGUGAAACAUCAGAUGUCAAUCCAUACAUUUUUUCUGCUGGUAUGACUCAAAAAUUUCAAUUCAAUGCACAGCGGGAUCCAACUAGAGAAUUUGGACCAAAGAGUAGGAGUGGAAGAUAUAAUCCGACCACGGUACAGUUGCACAUUGAUCAGGAGACUCGGGACUUUGUUUCAAGGGACAGGGAUCCUCUGGAGAGAGACAAAGCGUCUGAACCAUAUUCACCAAUGGAUGCUUCGCCAUAUCAGGAAACUUUAGCUAGUGAUCCAAUCUCUCCUGAAAAUUCUGUGACAUCCAAUGAAUCACUGGUUCUUGACCACAACUCCGUUGAAUUUGAUGAGUCAGUACCUGAGGUUUUAAAUGAUGUUAUAGAUGAAGAUCUGCUUAACGCUACAGAAAGCUUAAAUAUAAGUGAACCUGGUUUGAGUGCAACUGAAGUAGAGGGAGAUGAUGGCUCCCUUUACCAUUCUAAUACAAACCUGGGUGCUGAAGGGCCUGUGGACGAAUCUGUUUCAGGUGCAGAUACUGAAAGCUACAAAUCUGCAAAUGAGGAGUUGGAUUUAAGUGGUGAUCUAGCUGCUAUUUCAGAAGAAACAGAAGCCAGUUCAAGUUUGAAAUUGGAGAGGCAGGAUAGCGAUGGCAGGAAGCAAUUCAGUUUUGCUUCAAAUUCAGAGGAUGCAUCCAGGUCGAACUUUAUAUUUGCUGCCUCUUCUGCUGCUCAAGGUCAAUCAUCUGCAUCCAAACGCCAAUUUAAAAAGAAAAGUUGGGGAAAAGUUGGUCAAGAUUCUCAUAUGUCGCCAACAAUUGGCAUUGAGGUUCCAUUGUCAUCUUCUUCUGCGCAAUUCGUAACAUUUUCUGGGAAUUCAUCACCGAUAUCGUCUCAGAAAAGUCAGAAAGGAGAUUCAUCUAUGGCUCAGCAAAAAUAUGGAGUUGGCUCUUGGGUGAACAAAGGCCCGGAGAUGAAGCAAGAGCCUGUUUCUACUAUGGCAGCAACAGUUGCUGCCCAGGAGGCUUGUGAAAAGUGGAGAUUGAGAGGCAACCAGGCAUAUGCAAGUGGUGAUUUAUCCAAAGCCGAGGAUCAUUACACUCAAGGGGUGAAUUGUAUUUCAAGAGAUGAAUCGUCUAGAAGCUGUCUCAGGGCUUUGAUGCUUUGCUAUAGCAAUCGUGCAGCAACUAGAAUGUCUCUUGGAAGAUUGAGAGACGCAAUCAGUGACUGUACAAUGGCUGCUGCUAUAGAUCCUGGCUUUUAUAAAGUGUACCUUAGAGCUGCAAACUGUUACCUUGGCCUUGGGGAAGUUGACAAUGCAAUACAAUAUUUCAAGAGAUGCCUGCAGCCUGGAAAUGAUAUCUGUGUGGACCGAAAAAUUGUAGUUGAAGCAUCUGACGGUUUGCAAAAUGCUCAGAAAGUGUCUGAAUUCAUGAAACGUUUAGCUGAACUUCAGCUAAGAAGCACAUCCGGUGAUAUGCAAAGUGCUCUGGAAUUAAUUUCUGAGGCCUUGGUGAUAAGCUCAUGCUCAGAAAAAUUACAUGAAAUGAAAGCAGAGGCACUUUUUGUGCUUCGAAGAUAUGAGGAGGUGAUUCAGUUUUGUGAGCAGACUUUAGAUUCUGCUGAAAAAAAUUCUCCUUCAGAAGAUAUUGGCAGUCAGACCUCUAAUCUGGAUGAUUCUGAAAUCUCAAAGAAGUUUUACUUUAGGAUUUGGCGAUGCCGCUUGACACUCAAGUCCUACUUCCUUCUGGGAAAACUUGAGGAGGGUCUGGCUUCUUUAGAAAUGCAAGAGGCGAGAGCAUCUGCGAUGAUCGGGACUGGAAGAAAGUUUUUGGAGUCAUCAAUACCACUAGCCACUACCAUGAAGGAGCUUCUUCGUCACAAGGCUGCUGGGAAUGAAGCAUUUCAGCAGGGGAGGUAUGCCGAAGCUGUUGAGCAUUAUACAGCUGCUUUGUCAUGCAACGUCGAGUCACGUCCUUUCACAGCUGUUUGUUUCUGCAAUCGGGCUGCUGCAUACAAAGCUCAGGGCCAAGUUAUUGAUGCCAUUGCCGAUUGUAGUCUUGCCAUAGCCCUUGAUGAAGAGUAUUUCAAAGCAAUUUCUAGACGGGCCACUUUGUAUGAAAUGAUUAGAGACUAUGGUCAAGCAGCUAAUGAUCUCCAAAAGCUUGUAUCACUUUUCUCAAAGGAAUUAGAGAAGACCUAUCAAUAUGCUACUUCUGAUAGAUCAAGUACCAGUACAAAUGAUUUAAGACAAACUCGUCUCCGGCUUGCAGAAGUUGAAGAAGAAUCAAGAAAGGAAAUUCCAUUGGACAUGUACCUUAUUCUGGGAGUUGAUCCAUCUGCAUCUUCAGCUGAAAUUAAGAAGGCAUACAGGAAAGCUGCUCUCAGAUACCAUCCAGACAAGGCCGGUCAGUCCUUGGCUAGAGCAGACAAUGGAGAUAAUGUGCUAUGGAAGGAUAUAGCUGGAGGAGUCCACAAGGAUGCUGAUAAACUUUUUAAAAUGAUUGGAGAGGCAUAUGCAGUACUCUCAGAUCCUCUCAAGCGCUCACGAUACGAUGCAGAAGAAGAGAUGAGGACUGCUCAGAAGAAACGCAAUGGAAGCAGCACCCCCCGAUCACAUACAGAUGUUCAUCAAAGUCAUCAAUUUGAACGAAAUAGUGUUCGGCCUCAGUGGCGAGAUCUAUGGAGAUCGUAUGGUGCUCGAGGAUCAGAAUUUCCUCGAUCAACUAGGUAUUCGUAAGAACUCUAUACCAACACGUCAUGAUCAAAUUCAAGCAUUCAAAUGAGGUCUUACGCUAUGGGCUCAUCAAUUAAUUAAUCAUUCAAUCAAGAAAUCCAGCAGCAGUUUGACUCCUCAUAGUGAAACUGACCAAAAGUUGACAAUUGGUUCCUGAGGAAUCCUGAGGGCUAAAUCUUGCAAAAGAGGUGGAGGUCUGAUCCUUAAACUCACCAACCUUAAUGCCAUAAAAGGAAGUAAAAUGAAUGUGUUCCAGUUCUUCAUUUCCAUCCUUGUAGCUUGUUCAUAUGAUUGAGACAGAGAGUCAUAGAUUUGAUUAUAGAGUGAAAAAAGAAAAAGGAAGACAAAAAGAACAUGAGGGAACGCAACAUUUUAAAACAAAACAAAAAGAAUGAUGAUAAUUUGAAGUUUUUCAAAGUUUUUCCUUUUCCUUUGAACAAUAUUUUCUCCCCAUCUUUUUUGGGGAUCUCAUGAGAGAGAAGUGUGUAGUUGUUCAAGUUCAUUGUGCCAUGUACAUACAGAAGAGAUGAAUUAUCAACUGUGUUACAACUUACAACAUCUACUAAUGGCAGCCGCCUGAGUCUCUAACAAGAUGCUAACACAUGAAAGAAGAAUGACUGAUAGACCUUCAACAAUGUGGUAAUUACCAUUUCUGCAUACCGUUUUCGAGUGUUUUGAUGUACUCUCUUCUUUUUUUUACUCUCGUUAUCGAAUUUCGAUCUGUGGGUAACAAAGUACACACUCCAUAUCUUCAUGUUGAUGAAGGAGUGUAUGUGGUUCUUAUUUUAUUCUUUUUUAAAGAGUGAUGUAUUAUGGAACAAAAAAAUAGAAAAAUAGAACAUAUAGCCUGACUGUGAACACAUUUGGACAUGAAUACUUCAUUUUGUAAAUGGCUUUUUGGAAUGAAGUUUUAUGAAUGCCAAUUUA